AUGGACUGUAGCAAAGCAAAAAACAGGGCACCAAGAGGAGGAAAAAAGAAUGCAAUUAAAACAGCAAUUCAGACUUUUCUCGUGUUUUUCGAAGGAAGAAAAGAUAUUGCUCUGAUUACAGCACUGCAUAUUCAGCAAAAAUCCCAAAAGAUGAGAAAAAGGCAUCUACCCAAGCCUCUAGGAUCCCCUGACAAUACUGAAAGCUGCAGGGUGUCGCGCACCUUCCUCUCCAUCUACGUGGCGCGGCUGGACGGCAAGAUCGUCAAGAGCAUCGUGGAGAAGCAGCCGCGCCGCUUCGCCCUGCAGCUCCUGCGGUGGCUGCUCAUCGCCGUGCCCGCCACCUUCGUCAACAGCGCCAUCCGCUACCUGGAGGGCAAGCUGGCCCUGGCGCUCCGCACGCGCCUGGUAGAGCGCGCCUACGAGACCUACUUCGCGCAGCAGACCUACUACCGCGUGAGCGGCAUGGACGGCCGCCUGCCCACGCCGGACCAGUCGCUCACCGAGGACAUCAUGCUGUUCGCGCAGUCCGUGGCGCACCUCUACUCCAACCUCACCAAGCCCAUCCUGGACGUGCUGCUCACCUCCUACGCGCUCAUCUGCACGGCGCGCGAGCGGGGCGCCAGCCCGGUGGGCCCCACGCUGCUGGCCGGCCUCGUGGUGUACGCCACGGCAAGGGUGCUCAAAGCCUGCUCGCCCCGCUUCGGCAGGCUGGUGGCCGAGGAGGCGCAGCGCAAGGGCUACCUGCGCUACGUCCACGCCCGCAUCCUGGCCAACGUGGAGGAGAUCGCCUUCUACCGCGGCCACAAGGUAGAAAUGAAACAACUACAGAAAAGUUACAAGGCUUUGGCAGAUCAAAUGAACCUCAUAUUGUCCAAACGUUUAUGGUACAUCAUGAUAGAGCAAUUCCUGAUGAAGUAUGUCUGGAGCAGCUGUGGCUUGAUUAUGGUGGCUGUGCCUAUCAUCACUGCGACUGGAUUUGCAGAUGGAGAGUCAGAAGAUGGCCAGAAACAAGCAAUGGUUAGUGAGCGAACAGAAACUUUUACUACUUCACGAAAUCUGUUGGUCUCAGGAGCAGAUGCUAUUGAAAGGAUCAUGUCUUCUUAUAAAGAGGUCACUGAGCUAGCAGGCUACACAGCGCGAGUGUACAACAUGUUUUCAGUCUUUGACGAAGUGAAGAGAGGCAUUUACAAAAAAACUGCUGUUAUUCAGGAGGAGAGGAGCAACAGCAGGCAUGAAGGCAAAGUGGAACUACACAUUGACGGUCCCUUGGAAAUCAAGGGAAAAGUUAUUGAUGUUGAACAUGGAAUUGUGUGUGAAAAUGUUCCUAUUAUUACCCCAAAUGGAGAUGUGGUGGUUUCCAGACUAAACUUCAAAGUACAGGAAGGAAUGCAUCUUUUAAUCACUGGUCCCAAUGGCUGUGGAAAGAGCUCUCUGUUCAGAAUUUUAAGUGGUCUAUGGCCAGUAUAUGAAGGAGUUCUCUACAAACCCCCUCCUCAGCACUUGUUUUAUAUUCCACAAAGGCCCUAUAUGUCCAUUGGAACACUACGCGAUCAAGUUAUUUAUCCUGAUUCAGUAGAUGACAUGCAUGAAAAAGGAUAUCAAGACCAGGAUCUGGAAUGUAUCCUACAAAUUGUUCAUCUAUAUCACAUAGUUCAGAGAGAAGGAGGCUGGGAUGCUGUGAUGGACUGGAAAGAUGUCUUAUCAGGAGGAGAAAAGCAGAGGAUGGGCAUGGCUCGAAUGUUUUAUCAUAAACCAAAAUAUGCAUUGCUGGAUGAAUGUACAAGUGCCGUGAGCAUCGAUGUUGAAGGAAAGAUAUUCCAAGCUGCAAAGAGCGCUGGGAUAUCCUUGCUUUCUAUCACACACAGGCCUUCUCUUUGGAAGUACCACACUCACUUGUUACAGUUUGAUGGACAAGGAGGCUGGCGCUUUGAACUUUUGGACACUGCUAUCCGUUUAUCCCUCAGUGAGGAAAAACAAAGACUAGAAUCACAGCUUGCAGGAAUUCCGAAAAUGCAACAGAGACUGAAUGAACUUUGCAAAAUCUUGGGAGAAGAUUCGGUGCUAAAAACAAUGGAGAAAGAAGAAUAAGUACCUUAAUUUAUGUUCUAUGUUUUUUAAAUAUUUCUUUUUUAGUUAAAAGCUUUAUGAAUUCAGUCCCUCUUGUUUGCAUGCAUUGUGAUAGACUUGGAGCAUAAUGAAACCCAGUCAGCAAAAAAAUAAUGCUUUAUAAGAUUUUCACCUUUUAGCAUUGAGGAAGAAGCUGGUUUGAACUCUGACAAGCAAACAAACAAAUGCAUGGUGUAUAAGAUUUAUCAUCACAGCUCGUGGUAAUUCCACAUUAAAGCUCAGUUCCCUCCAGAAAGUUACCAGGACAGUUAGAUUUUCUAGGUAAAUUCUUGUUUGGGAUCUGAUCUGCAGAAUGUGCUGUCAUAUUGAUUGCCAUGUGCAUAUGAUAUGCCUGCUGUACAAAGCAAACCUGGCAUGUGAUUCAGGCAUGGAGCAGCACAAGGGCAGGGUUAGGGUGAGUAUGCAGGUGCAUGCAAAACUCUAAUUUGGAUACAAGAAACAAUCUUUCAGUCCAUGUAAAACAAAUCGUUUUCACAGCUAUACUGUGCACAUUUCAUUAGCUGAAUUUCCAUGGGAAAUAAAAACAUGACAGACAGACUAGAAGGUAACUGUUUCUGUGAACCACUAAAUGACUCUUUAGCAAGGUCUGUGAUGCAUAUAUACAGUACACUACAGCACACACUUUCAGAGACUUUUCUCCUCACGUGUACAUUGAUCCCUGUUAACCUGCCCAGGGAUUAUUUAUAGCCAUCAGACAGGAUGUUCUGGAGGAUGGGGCCUGGAUCCAGUCAGAGACUUGGAUUUUGUUCCUGGCUCUGUCACUGACUUGCUACCAGACCAUAAGUGAGGCACUGUCUCAGUUUCUCCUUGGUAAAAAGAGGAUAAUGACCCCUGCCAGGCUGGGUGAGCCUUGGUGAGCUGUGGAUGAAAAAGGCAAUGCAAGAAUUAAAUUUAUUUAAUUAAUUUGAGGAGGUUCUGUCCUGAUGUUGGAAUAUUCAACACUUAGAGAUUCUGUAAAAUAUUUUAAAAAGCUCUUGAUAACCACUGAUUAAUCCUCAUGGCACCUUGUUAAGGUGGGUCAACAUUGUUAUCUCCAUCUACCCAUGGAAAAACAUACUGGAUUGUAGCCACAUUUUCACAGGUGCUCACUAAUUGUGUCUGCCUCUGUCUUUUACUUUGCUAGGAGGUGGGAGUCCCCAGGACCUCUGACAGUCAGUCACAAAGUGCCUCAAAUUGAGAACACUUCUGAAAAUGUUGGCUUCAGUGCCUUGUCCAAAGCCAGAGACACAGAGUAACUUGGAAGUAGAGGUAAGAAUAGAUCUGAAGGACUCCUCACUUCCAGUCUCUCUUAGACACAGUGCCUCUGACCUGUCAGACAGAAGAUUUGCCAUGUCCCAUUACUUUCCUGGGCAGCAAUAUAUGGAUAGAUAAGACCUGGACAGAAAGACUGUACCAUAGAAAUGUUCAGCUAUCCAUUCCAUCCCUCCAGCUUAAGAGGUCAUUUAUACUGGACAGCAUGAGGAGAUAAAACAGGAAGGCAAGGCUUUUAGAAACACAGAGAGGACUUUCUGGACCAGCUAGUCCCCUGUGUAUGCCAGCGGACUAGAAGUGUCCACAAGAACAUCUGUUCUGGCCCCUCUCAUGUCACAGACACAAAAUAGCUGGCAUCAAAACCUUACAGCAUGUCACAAAUAAAGAGCUGGGGAGACAUGAGUGCUACCAAUCCUGUGGUAAAUGCAACAGUACAGAAUAUGCUAAUUUAAUAUAUACCUAAAUUAAAAGUACUAUGCCAUGUGCUACAGAGGAAAGGAAAAAACCCCAGUGGUUCUUGUCAAUCUGAUCUGAGGAAAGAAUGCUUUCCUCACCCAAAAUCUGACAGUUUGAGCAAGACUUGGCCCCAGGUACCUGAAAGGCUUCUCGGUACCGUUAGCACUACCACAUGUGCCCCAGCUAAACUCCCACUUCCACUUGUGGCCAUAGGAAGAUGAAAAGGACCCCAUCAUUCCCUCAAAUAAUGCAUUCCUGGGGGAAAAAACAUCUUCCUGGAUCCCUGGGGUGGCCAGCAGAAAGUGAGAGGCAUGUAAAUUUUUAAUUUCCUUUGAAUUAAUAAGCAAGGCUACGCAAAUUAAAAAUGGACCUGAAGUGCUUGGAUGGUCCUUUUUUCCUUAAGAAAGAGAUUGUUAACUUUUUGGGAAUGCUUCCUGACUUUUUAGUAUAAAACGGCUCAGUUGUGUUAAGGGAAAGAAAAGGUAUUGGGCUGUUUACUGAGCUGUACUGUCUGCAGAGUCCUCAGGAUGCAUUUUAGAUUAAAAGAGCAUGGACAGCAACCUCACAGAUGUCAUUACUAUUUAGAGAGACUUCAAAAUGGCACCUAUGUAACAAAGGUGGUAUCCUGGCCAUUAUCUUGCUUGGGGGUUUCUUCAGAAAGAGGUCGACAAUGCUUGCAGAAGCUCCACAAAGGACUCCAGAGCCAUCCCAGCUGCACCCCUUCUCUCGGUAGCUCUUUGACCUUUUGGUUGUUCCAGAGAUGCUAUUGUUUGGGGCCACCUCAGUCUACCUCCCAGUUGGAUGAUUCUCGGUCAGGAUAGGAGAUCCUUUUAAGGUGCUGCAGGGUGCUGUGAAAUAUUAGCGCUGUUAGGUGUGCAAACACCUACACAUGAUUCACAAGAUAAUCCCAGAGGCUAGGUACAGACAUUGAACAAGCCCAAAGCAGAAUCUAAGUUACGUUUUUUUUUGUAAGCGGUGUAGUUUAGAUCAGUAGCGAACAGAAAAUGCAUUUGCCCAGUGGGGAGGGGAAAAGCUUAGACCAGGUUCUGCCUUUUUCAAACCACUCUGUGUGCGCUGAAUUUCUGUUUUGUUACAUGUAUAGACUGGUUUUGUGUGCUGAACUUGUGUUAUGUUAUGGAUAUAGACCAGAUUCCAAUCACUUAUACUGAUAAAAGUAUAAUGUCUGUACCUGGCCAGAGA